CCGCCCACUCGGGGCGCGCGCGCGCGCAGUGCCUAAGCCCCGCCCCCCUUCCCCCUCCCUCCCCGCGGCCGCGGCCCGGCACCACCGGAGCGCACCGGGGCCGGGCCGGGGCUGGGGGGGCCGCGGCCAUGGACGAGCAGAGCGUGGAGAGUAUUGCUGAAGUAUUCCGAUGUUUUAUUUGUAUGGAGAAAUUGCGUGAUGCACGACUGUGUCCUCAUUGCUCCAAGCUGUGCUGUUUCAGUUGUAUUCGGCGUUGGCUGACUGAACAAAGAGCUCAGUGCCCUCAUUGUAGAGCCCCGCUGCAGCUACGAGAGCUUGUAAACUGUCGUUGGGCAGAAGAGGUCACACAACAGCUUGACACACUUCAACUGUGUAAUCUGACAAAGCAUGAGGAAAAUGAAAAAGACAAGUGUGAAAAUCAUCAUGAAAAGCUUAGUGUAUUCUGCUGGACCUGUAAGAAGUGUAUCUGCCAUCAGUGUGCACUUUGGGGAGGAAUGCAUGGAGGACAUACUUUUAAGCCACUGGCAGAAAUAUACGAACAACAUGUCACAAAAGUAAAUGAAGAAGUGGCAAAGCUUAGGAGAAGACUCAUGGAACUGAUCAGUUUAGUGCAAGAAGUGGAGAGGAAUGUGGAGGCUGUGCGCAGUGCGAAGGAUGAACGAGUUCGGGAAAUAAGAAAUGCGGUAGAGAUGAUGAUUGCCCGGUUAGACACUCAGCUGAAGAAUAAGCUUAUAACACUAAUGGGUCAAAAGACAUCUCUUACCCAAGAAACUGAACUUCUGGAAUCCCUGCUUCAAGAAGUAGAACAUCAGUUACGAUCAUGCAGCAAGAGUGAGUUGAUAUCCAAAAGUUCAGAGAUCCUGAUGAUGUUCCAGCAGGUUCAUCGGAAACCUAUGGCCUCAUUUGUCACUACUCCUGUUCCUCCAGACUUCACAAGUGAAUUGGUCCCAGCCUAUGACUCAACUACCUUUGUACUGGAAAACUUCAGUACGUUGCGUCAGCGAGCAGAUCCUGUUUACAGUCCACCUCUUCAAGUGUCAGGACUUUGUUGGAGGUUAAAAGUUUACCCAGAUGGAAAUGGAGUGGUACGGGGCUACUACCUGUCUGUGUUCUUGGAGCUGUCAGCUGGACUGCCAGAGACUUCCAAGUACGAGUACCGUGUAGAAAUGGUUCACCAGUCCACCAAUGAUCCCACUAAAAACAUAAUUAGAGAGUUUGCUUCUGAUUUUGAAGUUGGAGAAUGCUGGGGUUACAACAGAUUCUUUCGUCUAGACUUGCUAGCCAAUGAAGGCUAUCUGAACAGACAGAAUGACACCGUGAUCCUAAGGUUUCAGGUGCGCUCACCAACCUUUUUCCAAAAGUGUCGGGAUCAACACUGGUAUAUUGCUCAGUUGGAAGCAGCUCAGACAAGUUAUAUCCAACAAAUAAAUAAUCUCAAAGAAAGGCUUGCGAUUGAACUUUCCCGGACUCAGAAAUCACGAGGCAUUUCACCUCCAGACACCCAUCUUAGUCCCCAGAACGAUGAUAGUCCAGAAACAAGAUCAAAGAAAUCUGGACAAAGCACUGAAGUACUACUUGAGAAUGUUGCUGCUCCAGGAUUAGCGCGAGACAGCAAGGAGGAGGAUGAAGAGAAGAUCCAGCAUGAAGACUUUAAUCAUGAACUCUCUGAUGGUGAUUUGGAUGUAGAUCUUGCUGGAGAAGAUGAGGUGAACCACCUCGACGGUAGCAGCUCUUCAGCUAGUUCGACUGCAACUAGUAACACUGAAGAAAAUGAUAUUGAUGAAGAAACUAUGUCUGGAGAAAAUGAUGUGGAAUACAGUAAUAAUAUGGAGUUGGAAGAAGGAGAUCUCAUGGAGGAUGCAGCAGCUGCUGCUACUCCUGGAGCGUCAGGUACCAGCCAUGGCUACACCAGUGCAAGUGGAAGACCUUCAAGGCGGGGAGGAGGUGUCCUAGGCUCAACAGCCAGUAGCAGUUUACUAGAUAUUGAUCCCUUGAUUUUAAUCCACUUGUUGGAUCUCAAAGACAGAAAUGGUAUGGAAAACCUCUGGGGCCUUCAGCCACGUCCACCUGCCUCUCUUCUACAGAACAGAGCAUCAUCGUAUUCUCUAAAAGAUCGAGAUCAGCGGAGACACCAAGCGAUGUGGCGUGUGCCGCCUGACCUGAAGAUGCUGAAGAGACUUAAAACUCAGAUGGCUGAAGUACGAAGCAAGAUGUCUGAUGUGAAAAACCAACUAUCAGAAGUAAGAAGCAGCAACGCUGGCUCAUGCGACGGGCAGCCCAACUUCUUCUCCAUUGAGCAAGGUGCUUUAGCUGCCUGCGGAACGGACAGCUGCAGCAAGCUGCAAGAAAUAGGAAUGGAACUACUGACCAAGUCUUCAGUUACCAGUUGUUACAUAAGGAAUUCUGCGAGUAAGAAAAGUAACUCCCCCAAGCCUAUUCGCUCUGGAGCAGCAGGGAGUCUGUCUUUACGAAGAGCUAUGGACUGCGGGGAAAGCAACCUUCGGCUAAAGGGAGACAGUCAAACUUCUGAGGGUGGCCUAGGGAGUUCGAAGUCAAGCAGUCGGCACCACUGUCCCAGGCCCCUGGCCAGCAGUAAUGCUGCUGAGGCUCUGCCUAAGGCAGAGGAAAGACCUUGUGAAGUUUCAGAUUCUGAUGUGGGAGUUUCUGGCUUAAAUGGCUUAACUGCUGUAGAGAAGACCAGAAAAGCUGGUGCUCUCAUUGCUCUAGGGUCAAACUCUAAAGGAUAUCGCACUGAGGGAACACAGUCAGGUAGUCUGGAAAACAACGCUGAAACUGGUGAACUGCAGGGCGUGCUUUCUGAAGGCGCUUCAGCGGGGCCAGAAGAAGGUGGGGCAUGUCAGAAGCAUGUCCUUCACCUCCUGCCGGGAAUGAGCAGUGAUAGUGACAUUGAAUGUGACACAGAAAACGAAGAGCAGGAGGAUGCCACCUCUACGUCAGAGGGGUUUAACCAUGCCUUUUCUGUGCAGUCCUCCAGUGAAGCCUCAGAGCGGUGCUCAGUGUUCCCAGAGGGUGAUCAAGUUGGUCCUGAUGAUCUCAGCUUUGUUAAUGGAGAAGACAACACCAGGUUGUAUUUGCUGAAGCCUUGAAACUGUCCCAGAACGAGGGUUUUCAAUGAAAGCUGACUUUCUUUGAACCAGAUAGAGAACUGGCUCGGGGCCUGAAGACUCGCUGGCUCGUGUUCCUGGGAAGAGGUGCAUUUAUUCACUGGAGCUUAGUCCGAGGCUGUUGAUGGUUGUGUGUGCACUCCAUUCUGUCAAUACCAUUGUGUGGUUCUUCUGCAGUCAUCUUAAACCUGUUACUGGGGCAAAAUGACCUUUAAAGGCUUAUUAUAAAGGUUGCGUUCCUGCUGGCUCUGCCAGCUUCAGAUGCUCUGAAAAAAUGUCCAAAAUGUGCUGGAGCCCUGUUUCAGGCUGUCCUCUUGUGUCAUUGGAGUAACAGCCAAUGCACGAAUGUCCUCGUUUUAAACGGUCUGAACUGACUGAGACUACUGACUGCCACUGCUGCAGUGGCUCGAGAGUUGGGGUAAAGUAGCUGGCACAGAAGUUGUUUUCCGCAGACUGUGCUGUGGACCAACCGAACACAUUGCCAAACUUUUUGCCACUGUGCAUUGCAUUUUGAGCUGCUAAACUACUUGUGAAGCUAUGAUGAAAGCUGAAUAACUGGUUAGUGAAAAAGCAUGAAUUUAUGUGAUAGUUGUCCUUGUCUCAGCUGACUACUGGCAUUCAUUUUCAUGUGAGUGUUCCGCAGUGUAAGUGCUGUACAACUCAUAGUUUAAAACUGUUUGCACUUUGUUAAUAAAAUGAAUGUUGAAAUCUGG